UCCUGUCUCCCCCCUCCAUCUCCUUCCUUUCCCUUUGCUCACUGCUUACUUCUCCAACGUCUGCACCCUGAAACAGGCACUCUCUGUCAAGACAAGCGUCCUUUACUUUCUUCCGUAAGGAGAAGCUCUUCUUGAGCUUCUUUAUCGGUGGUGCAUAGAUAAACCUUUUCUUUCUUAUCUGAAAUUCUGUGCCCCUCUCUCUCUGCUGCCAUGGCCGUGGCAGAGUUCAAACCCUCUAACACCAUAACCCAUCUUCGCUCUUCUUCCCAGCUCUCAAUUCUAUCGAAACGUCUCAGUCUCACCAAACCAUACCACUGUACUUUCCGAACUCUUAAUAGAACCCAAAAUGCCAGGAUAUCUUGCUCUAUUGCUCCAAAUGAAGUUCAAGCGCCAGCGGUGCAAACCCAAGACCCCAAGAGUAAGCCUGAUUGCUAUGGUGUUUUCUGCCUUACCUAUGAUUUGAAGGCUGAAGCAGAGACAAAAUCCUGGAAGAAACUAAUGAACAUUGCAGUCUCAGGUGCUGCUGGGAUGAUUGCUAAUCAUCUUCUUUUCAAGCUUGCAUCUGGUGAGGUAUUUGGUCCUGACCAACCUAUCGCUCUGAAAUUAUUGGGAUCUGAAAGAUCAUUCCAAGCUCUUGAAGGAGUUGCGAUGGAGCUGGAGGACUCAUUGUUUCCUUUGCUGAGAGAGGUGAGCAUUGGGAUUGAUCCGUAUGAGGUGUUCCAAGAAGCAGAUUGGGCCUUGUUAAUUGGUGCAAAGCCUCGAGGUCCUGGAAUGGAGCGAGCUGACUUAUUAGACAUAAAUGGACAGAUCUUUGCGGAACAGGGAAAGGCGCUGAAUGCUGUGGCCUCACGCAAUGUCAAAGUUAUAGUUGUAGGCAACCCUUGCAAUACGAAUGCAUUGAUAUGCUUAAAAAAUGCUCCUAAUAUUCCUGCUAAGAAUUUUCAUGCUCUGACUCGCUUAGAUGAGAAUAGAGCUAAAUGUCAGCUUGCUUUGAAAGCUGGUGUCUUCUACGAUAAAGUUUCAAAUAUGACCAUAUGGGGCAACCACUCAACUACUCAGGUCCCCGACUUCUUAAAUGCCAGAAUCGAUUCUUUGCCUGUUAAAGAAGUGAUUAAGGACCAUAAGUGGUUAGAGAAUGAAUUCACUGAAAAUGUUCAAAAGAGAGGUGGCUUGCUUAUUCAAAAGUGGGGAAGAUCAUCAGCUGCAUCAACUGCUGUGUCAGUUGUUGAUGCCAUACGGUCUUUAACCAUUCCUACUCCUGAGGGUGAUUGGUUUUCAUCUGGCGUGUAUACCAACGGAAAUCCUUAUGGUAUAGCCGAAGAUAUUGUUUUCAGUAUGCCAUGCCGAUCAAAAGGAGAUGGUGAUUAUGAGCUUGUCAAGGAUGUCAUAUUUGAUGACUAUCUUCGGCAGCGAAUAGCUAAGACGGAAGCUGAGUUGCUGGCUGAGAAGAGAUGUGUGGCUCACCUAACGGGCGAGGGAAUUGCUGUCUGCGAUCUGCCUGGUGGUGAUACCAUGCUGCCAGGAGAGAUGUAACUAAAUAGUAAGGAGGGCCUGAAGGUCGUUACAGAUAUUGAGAACAGGUUCACACAAAGUGAUGCAGAAUAAAGGCGGAUGGGCUAUUUAAAGUAUAGGUUUAUGAAUAAUGAGUAUGACUUUUGUAAUUCAUUUUGACGACAUUAUGGAAACUUAAUCUGAAACCUAUCCCCAUGGCCUCGGGAGGCUGGAGCUCUUCGCAAGUCGUAACAAUGAUUGUCUUGUUCAUGUUUGUCGGCUCUGGUCUGGUCUUGUUUCAAAUUCAUGCCCACAAGUAUUUUACAUCUAACACAGCUCAACAUCAGUCUCUCUCGAGACUUCAUAAACACAAGUUUUCUGAAUCAUAACAGCUAGCAAAUUAAAUA